CACUGUAUUAUAUUUUCUUAUAUUCGGGUUCAGUUGUUGCAUUUGCAUGUGUUGUUUACUGCUCAGUACAGACUGUAAUAACGUAUACUGCAAAACUGUAUGCUGAAAAAAGCCGACGUGCAAUUUUCUGGUUAACCGCGUGGGAAUCUAGCUCUCCGCGUGAGUUACUAGCUCUUGUGUGCUGCUAGCUUUAGCUGCUAGCUAAGGUUGAGUGGAAACACAUCCGACACGAGGAGAUAGAAAAUGCCACCAAAAGGAAAGGGUGGCAAAGGUGCUAAAGGGGCUGCUGCUUCAGGCAGUGGGGACAGUGAUAAGAAGGAGAAGGCUCAGAAAGGAGGUACAGCAGUAAAGGUUCGGCAUAUUCUGUGUGAAAAGCAUGGCAAGUGUAUGGAAGCGAUGGAGAAACUCAAAUCUGGUAUGCGCUUCAGUGAGGUGGCAGCACAAUACAGUGAGGACAAAGCCAGACAAGGAGGUGACCUUGGCUGGAUGACAAGAGGAUCAAUGGUGGGACCAUUUCAGGAUGCAGCGUUUGCACUACCCAUCAGCACUAUGGACAAACCUGUAUACACGGAUCCUCCCGUGAAAACAAAGUUUGGCUACCACAUCAUCAUGGUUGAAGGCAAAAAGUGAUCCCUCUUAAAUGGACUUGGAGCUUGUGGUACAAUCCGCAGCAUUUACGAACAUAGCAACAAUGCAUUGUGCAGUUAUUGGACUCUGGAGUUUUUAUAUCACCAUGUAAAUAUGAGCUAAUAAAAACUGAUCUUAAUGAGCAAA